AGUAUUGCAGUUCAUAUUUUGGUUGCACAAGCAUCUAUCCCUAAUUCAGAAAAUAAGCCCUAUGUUAAUUACAUCAACAGUAUCAGAUAUGAUAAUCGAGCUGUUAAUUUAGAAUGGGUAACUCCUAAAGAGAAUGCUGAACAUACAGUAUUUUGA